AUGGAAGUGAAGGUGACAAACUCCUCCAUCAUCCUCACAAGCCCCAUCUUUCACCCUUCCGACGUUCCCUUCACCAUCUUCGACCGUUUUGCCCUCAACUACCACAUCGCCGUCCUCUAUGCCUUCACUCCUCCCACCUCCACCAACGUUGGCAUCAUCUCCGGCCUCUCCAAGACCCUCGUCCACUUCCCAACUCUCACCGCCAACAUCUCUACUGACUCACGUGGCCGCCCUUCUCUUACUGUCGGAAGACCUGAUGGAGGUGCGCUCGUCGUUGAGGCUACUGUCUCAUCCAAACUAGAAGAUCACCUGCCUCUCACUCCCUCACCGAUCUUCAGACUCCUCCAUCCUGAUGUCAAUGACGCAAAGCACUUACUAUAA